CCCCCCUGUUCUUCUUCCUCCCCUCUAGCAGCAGUCCAAGAAGUUAUUCUUCCUCCCUCAGCAAUGGCAGUCGACGUGUCCAACUCAUCGCUCUUUCAGUCAGGCCCCAUGUUUGUUCGGGUUUUCCUUUGUCUCGUGCACACGGAAGGAACCAGUCAGCAUGAGCCGCUGGCUGAUUUCUCCUUCUUUCAAGGAGAGAAAGAGAAAUCGCUCGUUCGAUCUUCUGACGAAGUUUUGAAGAGAAGAGGAAGCCUCAUCAGAUGGAAAAACAUCAGAAGACGACGUUGGGCUUCUUAGUUGGGCUUUUUAGUGCUACUAAGAGGCCUAGCCCACAGAUCCACAGGCCAAUGGCCCGCGCCCUGGGCUUCUUAGUUGGGCUUUUUAGUGCUACUAAGAGGCCUAGCCCACAGAUACACAGGCCGAUGGCCCGCGCCCUUGUCGAUAUCCUACUACUCACAUCCGCUAUCCCCCGCAAACCCCCACCGUCUCCCUCUCCUGCGGCCGCUGUACCGCCCCUCGCGUCCGCCGGAACUCCGGCGCCUCGCAAGCCCCCCCGGCCGCCCCGGCCGCCCCGGCCGCCGGCAAGGACUUUCACUCAUCGAAAUGGCAUUGACCGUUGAUGCCUCUGCGAUGGGAAAAUUUGAGUUUGCAUAUCAGGAUGAUAGCUUCUGCGACAAGGUCCUCCGUUUGGAAGUCGUUGCACCUAGACCUGCUCCCAAACCCGCUGCCGCCAACCUUGAUGCCAGCCUUGGUCCUAACUCUAUCCUUCCGGUCUCCAGGAAGAGGGCACGAGUUGAGGAUGCUAGUUUAGAUGAAUCUUCAGUGACAUUAUAUAAUAAGGAGCUGGAAAAGGAGGGAAUCACUAAACAGACUGGCACAGAUCAUGAUCCAGAUGAUUCAGAUUUGAAUGUAAACAACAAUGAAAAUGUGGAUCCUAACUCUAUCCUUCCGGUCUCCAGGAAGAGGGCACGAGUUGAGGAUGCUAGUUUAGAUGAAUCUUCAGUGACAUUAUGUAAUAAGGAGCUGGAAAAGGAGGGAAUCACUAAACAGUCUGGCACAGAUCAUGAUCCAGAUGAUUCAGAUGACAACAAUGAAAAUGUGGACCCAAUAAUCAUCAUGACAAAAGAUAUUAAACUUAAAGUUUCAUCAAUCCUGCUGGCUUCGGAAAGCAUCUAUUUCCGUAAAGCUUUUCUCAAAUGGCAUGAGAGAAUCUGUGGAUCGUGUUGUCCAUCAACAAUUAUCUGAGGAAGAAUUGGAGCCUUUUGAAGAUAUUAUAAAUUUCAUUUACAAGGCCAAGUUCAGUAAAUUGGAUCCAAAGAGCUUGUUGAGCGUUGUCAUGGCUGCUGACAAAUUUGAGGUCAAUCAAGCAAUGAAACAGUCCAUAGAGUUUAUGCUUGAAUCGGAAUUGAAUCUUGAGGCAGCUGUACUUUAUCUGGAGUUUUCUCCAGCUAAUGCUACUGUAGCUCAAGCUUUGGCCCCAGUGAGAGCUGCUUCUGGUCGAUUUCUGACUCAAAUGUUCAAGAACGUGUUUAGCCAUAAGGACGAUCUUCUAGAGUUGCCUCUUUCAGCUAUCUUAGAAAUUUUCAGAAGCAGUGAUUUAAUUGUUCCAAAUGAAGAUUAUGUUUACCUUUUUCUGGUGGAUUGGGUCAAGAAAAAAUAUGAAGAUGAGCACAUGAGGUGUACCGUUUUUAGCAAAGCGUUGGUGUUCCUUAUUCGAUUUAUGCACAUGACGAUCGACCGCCUAAUGGCCUUCUCAAAUUGCCCUCUGAUGCCUAACAAAGUUGAUGUCAAGUCAAUUAUUUCUAGUGCAUUCUUGUUCAAGAUCAAUUGUUCGACAGUGAAGGUAGCUCAUUGGAAUUAUGCCCAGCGGAAUUAUCUGAUUAGGCCAGUCAUUUUGACGAACCUUCUGCCAUACAACGAAUUGUUGGCCUAUUUUGAUCUUCCUCUGGCCGACUUUGCCCGGAUGAGUAAUCCUGCGUGGAGGAGUACAUAUACUGAGGUUUUUGCCUAUGGCGGCUACAGACUCUUUGUGCAGUGCCAAACUACUAUAGAUGCGGUAUCCAAUGCUCCAAGUGCAUUUGGGAUGUUUUUGUGUGCUCAGAAGUCAACUCAGCCUGAAGUCUUGUCUGUGGCCUUCUCAGUAAGGCGAAAACCUGGUGGCGGCUAUGUGGACAAGUUUUCAUUUGACAGCCCCUUCCUUCCGGAUAACAAGUUUGGAGUUGCUGAUUUAUUAUUAACACCCUGGGCUGAGCUUCUUGAUGAGAACAACUUGUUUUUGAUCAAUGGUUGAGUUUAUUUUAGAGUCCGGGUGUCCAUCAGACAGCAAAGGCUUUUCAGGCCUCCAGGAGAAGGAAGGCGGCCUGCACUUGUCUCUCUUAAAAACCCGUGUCCAGGAGAAGGUCUUCUACUGUGGAUGGAUAGUCUCCUUUUAGACCUGUCGUGUUAUCUGUUUUGUGGAUGGAUGGCUAGUCUUUUUUAGACCUCUCGUGUUAUCUGUUUUGUGGAUGGAUGGAUAGACUUUGUUUCAUUGUCUUGCAUGGGAUGGAAACUUCUUUUUUGAAUGCUGAUGAAUAUGUUCAGCAUGAACAAGCGGUGGUACUUUUGUUGAUUAGAUUGAAGACAUGAUGUUGAAAUCAAUGGCAGUAUGUAUGUUUUGAA